GAUAAAAGUUGCCCCAUAUAUAAUUACUGCAAGAAGUAUUCAUUGUAGUUCUGAGAAGUCGGCUUGCUUCGUAGUUUGGGGAGAGAAAUUCGCCUCAAAAUGACCACCAAGGUACCCGUUUCAACCUUUGUCGUUUUGCUUUUAGCUGUGUCAGUACACGGCGCAAAAGAGUUUUGUUCGAAGAUAUUUUUCCAAAAUGUGGACGAAGAUGCGAUCCCUUACAAAGUAGUAAUGGACGGUGUCUACAUCAAACAACCAGGAAAUCACAACAACUUUCCCGUUUAUUUUUGCAACAGCACUGGGCUGUUCUUCUACUACGAUGUUUCUAGCGAUGGGAGCAAAUAUCUUUUGUUCGCAAAAGACUUUAAAAGUUAUUUCGGUGUUGGUGCAGAGUUGAAAUCACACGCGAACCCCGUUAAUUGGAUGUCUACUGGGAGUUUGAAUCGCAAGGAUAUAUUUGGUGAGCUCGUUUACAAGUGGAAAUAUUGGAGCAUGAAAGACAGCAUUAACUACUACGUUAAUAAAAACCCUACAGCAGUCUGUGUCGAUGAAGACUUUAUCGAGUGUGACUCAAACAGUGUUUAUAUGACAACUACGAUAACCGAUGGCUCGUCAGGGGCGACACUCAACGACCCAAAGACGGACUACUUUAGCCGAAGAAUAGGCGAUUUUAAGAACCUCAGACCGGUUUAUUACCAAAGCACUGCGCGAUGGUAUUUGUAUUAUGACGGAAAUGGUUACUGGAUUAUGAGCACUUCGCGUUACAAUACAGCUUUUUCAUCGAGUGGAACCAUAUUAAGAGUCAAGGACUUAGCAAUGCGUCCGGAGUUUAUCACUAAUAAGUGGUAUAUUUAUUACUAUGGAUGGAUAGAAACAAAAGGCAACGUCUCGAUGAGGUGCCGCGGAAUCCAGCAUGGAAGUAACGGGUGUGCUAUUGGGAGCCCAUGCGGUUCCAACGGCAAGUGUAUUUACACUUUCGGUAACGAAACCGUGUGCGACUGCAAUCCGGGCUACACGGGUCAGCGGUGUACUAUCAAUAAACAAUGCGUGGUGCCUUCACUCAAUACUGGCGAAAUCGGAGGGAAGUAUGAGACCGAGAGAGUACCCGGAAGUAAAAUGGUUUUGUUUUGCAACAAAGGGAUAUCUUUAUCGUGGAGAUUUGGUGUAUGUGUCGAUGGCUCAUCGUCCCCAUACUGGUCUCGUGAAGGUUCAGCAUGCCAUCUUCCAUACACUGCCCCCCCGCCCACCUGGUCUUCCUGGACCAACACUAGGGCGCCGUGGUCUCCUUGGUCUGCACCUACGCGUCCCCCUGGGGGUUCUAGCAGAAAAAGGGUCGACUUUGAUGACUACCCCGCCUUACUCCCUUCGGUGUUGACUAUAGCUAUCUUACUUCAAAUUCUGCUUCCUUUGCUGAUAUGGCUGGGAGCUUUAUGCUUCAAGUCUUGCAAAGAGACAGGCGAGGAGACAGAGGAUGAGUCGCGUCUCCAGGAGUUCACUUGUAACAUUGAGACUCGUCUACAGGAGGUCGCCAGGGCUGAGACUCCGGAAGAACAGGCUCAGAAGGUACGCGAAUACCAGGACGCCGUCAGACGCUAUCAAGCCGAGACAGAAUCCAGGGAUAAGAAGAGAAAACGUGGCCUUUACCGGAACGCAAGUUUUUUUCGGCUAUACUCCAUGGGUAUGUGGAUCUCGUUCAUUAUGUGGUGCGUGUUCCUGAUUGGUUGCCGUGCGUCCAAGUGCGGUCAAUAUGGCACUAUCAUGGUAUAUCUUUUGGUCAUGGCUAUUGUGAUGGUAUGUGUCGCGCCCGUGAUCUUCCUACUUGAAAGUUUGUGCUCUCAUGAGCGCUCCUACAUCACGAACAUCAUGAAGGACGAGACCGCUUGGGAUUACAUCAAGCGCAUGCAACAGGUUGCGCCCGUGAUCAACAUGGUCGUGGAAUGCUACCACUACGAGACGCGCACGCGCGUUGUGUACUAUACCGAUGCAAACGGAAAUCAACAAUCACGCACAGAGACAUACCAGGAGAAAGUCACCACCUUCAUUGACACAGACACGUUCGAUUACGGCUCUUGGCUUGACGUUUCAAAAAAUGAGAUGCCAGAGCUAAGCUCAGUAGAGUUGACUCGACUAAAGAUUGAUCCCGUGGUAGAGUUUGGUGACGUAGAGACUGCCCAGAGUUUUGACACUCAGAGAGAGGAAAUGAUCGAGAGAAACCGCCACCGUGACGUGUACCAGGAUUUUUCUUACAGUCGCGACAUUCCCGGCCUAGAGAAGCGGAUCUCUGCGUACGUGAAUCUGACACAGAGGCCGUUCUGGAUCCGUGAGAUGUACUAUUGGCUGGCUACAUUCCUUUGCAUGACAUGGCCGUACCGCUGGCUGUUCAGAGCAAAAACUGCCAAAAAUUAUUACGACCUCAAAAAGAAGAUCUAUAAAAGCUCCACUCCACCCCCUCAAGUCGACAUCAUGAAUCCGCUUGCACUUCUGGGUAUGAAUCCGGUAAUCCCAAACACUUACCCAAGUCCGCUAAAUCCAGCAUUCCAGAGUUCCACUCCAGAUGUUAAUGCAGUUCCAAGUGCACCAUACCCUCAAGCUUCGGGCGUGGCACCACCUUAUCCCCUGUAUACUCCCGCUGAUGCUGCCUUCCCCCCCGCACAAGCUCCCUACCCACCUCCCUACCCAACCCCUGCAGGAGGGUACCCCCCUGACCAGGGUGGGUACCCCCUACAGACAAUGGGACCCCCUCCAGAUGCCCCGCCUCCAUCUUACGAUUCUGCUGUUAAAGAAGGGACCGGGCCGGCGAGAUGUUAGCUGAACUGGGACGCUAGAUUCUCUACUUUAUAGCCAUCCGUAGAAUAAUCCAUUUGCAUCUCUGCUUAUCCAUAGACCCUUUUAAGGCCCGAUUGGUGCCAAUGUGUGUAUGCUAGUGUGCUUUUAAAGUCCACAGUUAUCUAAUAGAUGGUAAAAUGGUUUCGGAAAACGUGGAUUUGUUGUUUCAUAUCGAUAGGCGCGCUUCUGCCUUUGGUUUAUUUUGCUAAAAAAAAAGGGUUACCAGGUAAACCAGUUUUUGACCGUCGCUUUGUCAUUUACGUGCGAUACAAUAGAUGUAACCAGAAAAUCUCUACACUAGCACAUUGUAUAUAUAAAUAGAUUUGUUGUAAUUUGAGCAUUAGAAAUCCAAUUUAUAUAUACUCAAAGCGGACCUUCUUUGAAUAAUGUGUUUUGUCGUAUUAAAGCAGCAACAUAUAAUAUUGGGCUUCCCAAUAUUGUACGAAAUAUUAUGACACCCAUAAUAACAGUACCCAUGUACCAGAAAUAUCGACGACAUGUAUGAUAAUAGGACAUACUUUAUGUGCAAUUAGUAUAUAAAAAGCACCCAAGGAAAGAAUAAACGAACGCACUCACUUUUUAUAACUUCCUUGAAGAUUAUGUUAGUUGUUUUGAGAAAUUAAAAUAACUUUAAAAAUAAAAGAUAAGAAAUAUAA